AUGGUCAUGGACUUCCUCCUCCCCUCUCCCCCCAAGAGCUGGUCUGCUGACAAGACCUCGGCCUUCCACGCCAAGAUCACCGCUCCCGUCAACGCCUCGAUCCAGCCCGCUGGUCGCCACUUCUUGGCCCAUGCGCGCCGUCACAUCCACUCGCGCACCUUCUCCGAGGACGAGAAGGCCACGAACGAGGCCGAGGCUGCCGCCAAGGCUGCCAACGGCACUACCCAGGACGACUCUGACCUCGGUGACGAGCCCGAGGACCCCGCCAUGCUCCGUCGCGACCCCAAGGACUGGAAGGAUCAGGAUCAGUACGCCGUCUUGGGUCUCUCCGCCCUCCGUUACAAGGCCACCGAGGACCAGAUCCGUCGUGCCCACCGUCGCAAGGUCCUCCGUCACCACCCCGAUAAGAAGGCUGCCAGCGGUGGACUCCACGAUGAUGGCUUCUUCAAGUGCAUCCAGAAGGCCUUUGAGACUCUCAUGGACCCCGUCAAGCGUCGCCAGUGGGAUUCCGUCGACCCUGCCGUUUCGGACUCUGUCCCCAACGCAAAGUCCAAGGGUGAUUUCUACAAGCUCUAUGCUCCCGUCUUCUUGCGCGAGUCUCGCUUCUCUAACACCCAGCCCGUUCCCCAGUUGGGCAACGCCGAGUCGAGCCAGGAGGAGGUCGAGUCUUUCUACGAUUUCUGGUACAAGUUUGAUUCGUGGAGAACCUUCGAGUGGAUGGACAAGGAGGAUGGUGAAGGUCACGAUUCCCGUGAUGAUAAGAGAUACUUUGAGAAGAAGAACAAGGCUGAGCGUGCCAAGCUGAAGAAGGAGGACAACCAGCGUCUCCGUGAGAUUGUCGAUCUUGCUCUCUCGAUCGAUCCCCGUAUCAAGAUCUUCAAGGAGCAGGCCAACAAGCAGAGGAACGCCAAGAAGCGCGAGAAGGAGGAAGCCGAGAAGAAGGCUGCUGAGGAGGCCGCUGCUGCUGCCAUUGCUGCCGAGGCCGCUGCCAAGGCCGCUGAGGAGUCCGAGAAGGCUGCCCGUGAGGACGGCAAGAAGAACAAGGAGCUCUUGAAGCGCGCUGUCCGCAAGGAGAAGAAGAACUUGAAGGCUCUCAUCAAGGACAACAACUACUUCUUGCCCGCCGGUCAGACCCCCGGUCCCGUCGAGGUCGAGAAGCAGCUCGAGCUCUUGGAUGCCCUCUUGGACGGUGCCAAGGGUCUCGACCAGCUCGAGGCUGUCCGCAAGACCCUCGAGGAUGGUGUCAAGAGCGGCAACAUUGCCGAGAUCUUCAAGGCCGAGGUCGCCAAGCGCUCUUAA